AAUGGUGGAGAUUAUGGAGAAAGAAAUCAAGAUGGAAGAGAUGAAUUUUGAAAUAUGUUAUAUAAAAGAAGAGGAACAGGAGGACGACUUAAAAAUGGAAAAUACUGAUAAAUUGUUCACUGCCCUUGAUGACCUCUUGCAGCCUAGCCUGAAGGAAACUAGGAAAAGAAAACGUGAAAUUGUUGAAUAUUCCUGUUCUGAGUGUGACUUUUUAGCAACUGAAGCACACAAUCUUAAGACGCACUUUGAUAGAAAACAUAGACGUAUUAGAUAUCCCUGUAAUCAAUGUGACCAUGCAGCCACCACAUCACACAAUUUAAACUUACACAUCAAGAGUAAACAUGACGGAGUGAGGUAUCCGUGUAAUGAGUGUAAAUACUCUGCGACCAGAGCAUUUGAUCUGAAGAAACAUUUUGCUAGUCAACAUAAGGGAAUGAGAUAUCCUUGCGUUCAAUGUGAUUUUACGGCUAGAACAUCAAAUAAGCUAAAGCUACAUAUUGCGAGAAAGCAUACCGAAUAUUCAUGUUCAAAAUGUGAUUUUACGUCUGAUUCAUUAAAAAAUCUGAAGAUGCACAUCCAGAGUAAACAUGAGAAGGUAAGAUAUCCAUGUAAUCAAUGUGACCAUGCAGCGACUUCACCACAGAAUUUGAAUUCACAUAUUAGGAGUAAACACUUGGGUGUAAAGUAUCCAUGUAGUGAGUGUAAGUACUCUGCGACCAGGGCAUUUGAUCUAAAGAAACAUUUUGCAAGUCAGCAUGAGGGAAUGAGAUAUCCUUGCGAUAAAUGUGAUUUUAGGGCUACUAACUCACAUAAGCUAAAGCUACAUAUUGCAAGAAAACAUGUAGGAUACUAAUGUUCAAAAUGUGAUUAUACAUCUGAUUCAUUGAAAAAUGUAAAUAUGCAUAUUCAGAGUAAACACGAGAGAGCAAGAUAUCCAUGUAAACAAUGUGACCAUGCAGCCGCUUCACCACAGAAUUUAAAUUCACAUAUAAAGACACAACACAUUGGGAGUGAAGUAUCCUUGCACUAAGUGUGAUUUUUCUACGACUAGAGCAUAUGAUCUCAAGGUACAUGUUAAAAGUAAGCACAAUGAAGUGAGAUAUCCAUGCAAUAUAUGUGAUUGCACUGCUUCCACAGCCAGCAAUCUAAAGCAACAUAUUAAAACCAAACAUAAAGAAAUGCAACGCUUCUAUUCAAACUCUAAUCAAUCCACAUUUCACAUUAGAGUCAAUUAAUGAAUCUACAGUUCACACUGAAAAUAUCGGAGUUCAUUCGGUCUACAAUUUAAAUUCAAGAUAUCGGAGUUGGGUUCAAUCAAUUCACAGUUGACAUAAUAUAUGUCAGAAUUGUGUCCAAUCAAUCAAUUCACAGUUCUAACUGGAGAUGUAGGAGUUGUGAUCAAUCAAAUUAUUAAUUAAUAAAUCAAUCAAUCUACAAUAAAACUUAAGAUUUCGGAGUUGUGUCCAAGCAAUCAUUCUACAAUUUAAACUAGAGAUGUAGAUGUGCUCAAUCAAUCAAUCCACAGUUUUCACUGCAGAUGUCUGAGCUGUAUUCAGUCAGUCAGCCAAUCAAUCAAUCUUAAUUCUGUUCGUACUAACUUAAUACGCUUGGGGGAAAUUAUGUACAUAUAUCAACGUAAGGAAAUAUUAUAUACUGUUAUGCAAUGAGAAAUUUCUUAUUUUUUUAUAAAGAGAGAAAUCUAAUUUGAAUUCCUAAAUUUAUACUAUGAUAUAAAUAAUGAGCGGUAGGAUUUCGUGUUGUGCUAUUGGAUCGGUGGAUCGGUAAAUCCAUUGAACAAUCCAGAGAUGUUUAUAAGGUUGUUCAAGGAUUGGAAGACUUAAAGGGACUAUGAACGUAAUUUAAAGUGACCCUUUAUUAAACAUGAUAGUGCCCGACUCACAUUGGUACCCUUGAAACCUUUAUCUUAUUUAAAAUAGAGGGUCACUUGAAAUUAUGCUUACAGUCCCUUUAAGCUGCAAAUAAUUCUGCGAUGAUAAAUUUUAGAAAUGCUAUCUCUACAUAGUCAUGAAAUGAUUUGCUUACUUUUAUUGCGUCAUUUAUUGUUAAAAACUCGAAAUUAUUUAUUCCAUUAUAUCAAAGAACCUAAUUUCAGAUAAAAUGAAUAUAAUGCGGGAAAAAAAGAUUAAACACCUGGAUUUAAAGGAGGUGUCUGCUACAGAGACGGCGUUUAUUCAAGAAGAUGGGAUAAAGAUUGAGUGUGCAGAUGUUCAAGUGGAGUCGGCAGAUGAAAAUGAUCCUUUAUCCUCCCAAGUCUAAAUAUUCUUGUGAUGACUGGAGAUAUUCCUCUUCAAACGUUCAAACUUGAUGAAACACAUUGUCAGUAAACAGGAUGAAGAUCCAGUAUUUCCUUGUGAUUGGUGCAAGUCUGACUUUGGUACAGAGAAAGCGUUCAUCUGGAUUCUUUAUUUUCUUGCGACGACUGUGAUUAUAUUGGCACCUCGGCAGCAAGUUUAAGAUAGAAUGGCAGAGGGUAUGAAAGAAGAAGAAGAAGAAAUGGAAGAUGUAAAAGUAAAAGAGGAGGAAGAGUGUAGUUCUUUUCUUAAUCAGGAACCACUAGUAAAACUGGAAGAUACAGAAGACAUGAUGACGUUCAUAGGAUAUCCUCUUCAGUCUAAUCAAGCCAGAACUAACAAGAUCGAACGGGAAGUUGUACAUUAUUCAUGUAGUUUGUGCGAUUAUGUGGCAACUCAAGCUGGUAACUUGAAGAGACACAUUGAAGUUAAACACAACGAAGUGAAAUAUCUGUGUGAUAAAUGUGAUUUCGCUACUUUCAGGCGAGAUACUCUCAAGGUUCAUAUUGAGAGUAUUCAUGACGGAUUGAGAUAUCCAUGUGCCGAAUGUGAAUAUGUUGCCACCACAACAAGAAAUCUGGAAAGACACAAUUUGAGUAAACAUUUAGGCGUGAGACAUCCUUGUAGUGAAUGCGACUUUGCUUCUACAACAGCCAGUAGUUUGAAGAAGCAUUUUGAGGGGGUACAUCAGGGGGUGAGAUAUCCCUGUAACACAUGUGAUUAUGUGUCGUUAACAGCUUUGAAUCUGAAAAGACACAUUGAAAGUAAACAUGAGGGAAUAAGGUAUCCUUGUGAUCAAUGUAAUUAUGCUGGAACUCGACCUAGUGAUCUUAGGAAUCAUAUUAAGUCUCAGCACGAAGGUAGACGAUUUUCUUGUGUUCAAUGUGAAUACACUGCAUCAAAUGGUGGUAAUCUGAAGAAGCAUGUUGAAAGUAAACACGAAGGAAUUAGAUAUCCAUGUGACUAUUGUGAAUACGUGGCACAAAAUAAGCACCACCUAAAGAGGCAUAUUAAAAGAAAACAUGACGAAAUAAGCAAACUCAAUUCAAUCCCAUGAAUAUAUGAAGCAUUAUGUAUUUUGUUUUUUCCUUAACACAUUUUUAUCGCUUUU